CGAUAAAAUAGAACAUCUUCAGGGAUCUUUGCCGCGAGAGAGUGUCACUUCGCGAUUUCGCGAUGUGUUGUUUUCUUUCUGGAUAAUUAUAUUCCUCGCGUGCGAUUUUUUUUUUUUUUAUUGCGUUAGGUUUGAUCACGCCGAAGAAAACUCGUUUAUGGAUCAUUGCUGACUCGAGCGCCCGAGCAAUCAGCCUCUGCCACGCGUCCCGGGAUUGCGUCGUGACGCACGUUGACGACACAUCAAAAAUGGCAGAUUCUGCGCCCACAAAAGCUGACAUUGAGGAGAUUUUCAAGCGAUUGCGAGCCGAUUCGACAAACAAGACAUGUUUCGAUUGUAAUGCAAAAAAUCCAGCAUGGGCAAGCGUAACGUACGGUGUCUUUUUGUGUAUCGACUGCUCGGCGGUCCAUCGCAGUCUGGGUGUGCAUCUCACUUUCAUCCGAUCGACCCAACUUGACACAAACUGGUCAUGGCUGCAGCUCAGAAACAUGCAACUUGGUGGCAAUGCCAAUGCUAGGAAAUUUUUUAUACAACACAAUUGUACCACAACAGACGCUCAGCAGAAGUACAAGUCACAUGCUGCUAUGUUAUAUAGAGAAAAAUUGGGCCAAGCUUCUGCCCAAGCAAUGCGCAAGUAUGGCACAAAGGUUUCCCUUUCUACACCAAAAGAUAAGAUAAUGUUGCAUUUAGAAGAAAACACGCAACCCGCAUCGGAAGAAACAAACGAGCCAGAUUUCUUCAAACAGCACGAGAAUUUGAACUCGAAUCGAGACGAAACGAUAAGUUCGACAGACAAAGCAUUUUUCACAUCUGACACUGUGCCAAACAAUGAUAGUACUGCGAAAAGUACACCAGAAGCCGUUUCUAAUUGUUUGGGACCGUCUGUAAAGCUGUUUGAUACUACCUCAAAUAUGCAAUCUGAAAGAAAACCUACCAUUGGUGGCCGCACAGUGCAAUCCAAACGUCCUGGUGGUUUAGGAAAGAAAACUGGAGGUUUGGGUGCGCAGAGAGUCAAGACCAAUUUUGAUGAGCUGGAGAGAAGUGUUUCGGAGGCACACAAAGAAGCACAGGAGAAGAAAAAAGAGCUGACGAAAGAAGAGCAGGAAGAAAUAGCCUCGCGUUUAGCUCAGCAAGCGAAAAAGGUGGAAGAGAGAGCAAAGCAUAUGGAUCCGUCGAAGGCUACGCAAGCGGAACGACUUGGAAUGGGAUUCAAUGCGCGAAGUGGUGUGACUCAUUCCGCACUCGGUGACAUGAAGACAAUAACACAGGAAUCGAAGCCGACAGUAAUAACGUCUGGGGAAGUUCAGACGGAACGGGAAGUGGACAACUUUUUUACUUUAGACGAAUAUUAUUCGGUUUACGCUAGCAAUAAUAAGCCAUCUUCGCGCCAUGACGAGAUAAUUGUGGUCAUGGAUGAACCACCCAAACGAGCAGCUCCCCAUACUCGAUCCACAAACGUUAAGAGCGAUACGAAAACUUCGUCUAACGUCGAGGGAGAGGCUCAGAAGAAGUUUGGUAGCGCCAAGGCUAUCAGCUCGGAGCAAUACUUUCAGGACAGCACUUCUGAUAACGCGUGGGAACGUAAGAACAAUUUGAGUCGUUUCGAGGGUUCGUCCAGCAUCUCGUCAGCCGAAUAUUUCGGUACUGACAAUUCGGCGACGUCGCCCACGUCCUCGUUGUCUAUGCGUUUUACCGCUGGAAGAGCCGGAGUUGUGGAUCUCGAAGACGUACGAGAGAGCGUACGUCAAGGUGUAAACAAGGUGGCCGGCAGGCUAAGCUCGCUCGCGAACGCGGCCGUCUCUUCUAUACAAGAUCGUUACGGACUCUAAAUUCUAUUGCAUUUUAUGGAAAGAAUUGUUACACAAUAUAUACUUAUAUUACUCGGACUUGUUCCGUUGUUCAGAACUGUAAAUAAAAGCUUAUACUUGA